AUGGGGCAAAAUGGUGUGAUUUGGUCUGUAUUCACGCAAUCGCUUAUCUCCCGACCUCAACGCAAAUCAGCAUCGACGACUCGACCAUGGAUUCGUACCGCGUUUCGUCCCUGGCACAAGGAUGACGUGCGGGAUCAAUUCCAGUGCAAUAGGAUUGACACACCGCGACCUGAGCAGCAAUCUGCAUUGUUACUACACGCGAUCCGCCAACCAUAUGAAGUGACGAUUGAUCACGCUGUCCCAGAGAUACAGCAGGACUCCGAGUUGCUGGUCAAGGUUACCGCUGUAGGCCUGAACCCAAUGGACUGGACAGCACCUGACUACAACUUUGGCAUCCCAGUCAUACCUUAUGUCUCCGGUCGUGAACUUUCAGGCGUAGUCGUGAAAGCACCGAAGGCCCAAAAUUCUCGCGUCCGCGAAGGCGAUGUUCGUCGUGUCAUCUUCAACACUAUACGUCUGCCUCACAACGUGUCGGCGGAGUCUGGGAGCAUUCUAGGCGUAGCCUUCGUAUCAGCAGUAUUGGCUCUAGGCAUAGGUAUGGGAGUCAGUUUUGAAAGUAUCGAAAAUGGUCCAGAUCUACUCAAGAUCGUGCGCAGCAUCGAAUCAGAGAGAUUACCGGCGGACAUAAGAAGGGAGUGCAUCGAAGGUAUAAGCGAGGAUGAUCGAGCUCAAGCUGGAGACUACCUUGUUAUCUGGGGCGGCAGCUCCACCAGCGCUCAUCUUACGAAACACAUCGCAAGGCUGGCUGGAUUAAAGAUCGUUUCUGUCGUUGACAGCGCGAAGCACGGGGUACUUCUGUCUACGAACGCGACUACACGUCCAGAUCUUCUUUCUGCCGCCCACGUUUUGCGAUCGCUGGUAUCUUCGACCUCACCUAUCUCUUCACUGUCAAAAGACGCGCAGAACUACGAACGGAAAGACUCGAAACUUCUAACUCCUCCAUCGACACCAUUGGAGCUAUCGGAAGAUGGUCCUCGGUCACAUCUUGUCGGACUGACCAGACUACCAAAGCCCGGCAUACCCGAAGAUGUGACACUUCACAAUGUGCCGAUCAAACUCUUCCACGAGAUUCCUGAGGUGGGUAAAGCGCUGAGUGCUUGGUGUGAGAGACUGCUUGUUAAGGGAUUAUUGGUGCCACCAGAUGUCGUUGGAACCGUGAAAGGUUUCGGUGCUAUCAAUGAGGAUCUGGAUAGAAUGAGGAGAAGAGAGAUCAGUGGAGGCCGUCUUGUAGCUGUUCUGCCUUAA